AUGGGACAAGCUGCCUCUCUACCCUGCAGGAGAGGAACCACCUAUGUCACAGAGCUCUAUGAGUGGUUUAGGUAAGACUUGUAUCUACAUUCAAAAUAUAAAUUUGUGUUUUAAAGAUCUUAAUUGAUUGUUUUUUUCUAAACAUCCUGACGUGUUUUACAAAGACUGCUGAAGUUCAAUAUUGAAUAUGUCUUGUUCAUGAAUGAUCGCAAUCAACUAUAGAUGGGUUGGUUGUUUAGCAACAAAACUGAUGCGUGCUCAACUAUGGGGCAAAACAGACAGGAUUGGCUUUGAUUGUUGACAACGUGUAAACUAUAUUUAGUCUCCAAUGUUUAUUGAAAACAUAAAUAAAUGUGCACAAUGAGCACUUGUUGUCUCUCAAAUACAUCGUUACAGUUGUUGGUUAGCUAGCUAGCACAUUUUUUGCCAUAUUAGCAUAGAUGUGAAAUCAGUCAAAACUCCUCAAAACAAGACAUGGUAUCAAGAACAACAAAAAACGAGCUAAAACUAGCUACCUACGAGUCUCCACCUUGCAACUUCUUGUCAUUGUUGCUAGCUAUCUGGCCAUCCAGAAUCACAACAACACACAGACUUCUGCCCCAUUGAAGUGUGUGCAUUGUUUUCGUGACUUUGUCAGCUAACCCGUCUAUAGAUAACCACUUAGAAAAGUGACCAUAAAAGUUCAUUCAACUAAAGGCAAGAAAAGCAAUCUACUGUAUUACACAUUGAAACUAAUGUAAAUUUAGAAAUCCAUUGAACAUUUUUAGGACAAAAGUAUUUAAAAGGAUAAAAGUCUAUUUCAGAGAAUGACAGUGAAAAGGCAAAUUAUACGCUUCUGUUGAAAGUCUCAAAUAGCUACCAUUGUUUGACAUUUUCGAUCAAUCUUUUGCUGGACGGCUUAAGUAGAAGUGUCCUGAAAUGGCUUCCCACUGGGCACACACUGGUUGAAUCAACGUUGUUUCCACGUAAUUUCAAUGAAGUAACGUUGAACCAACAUAGAAUAUACGUUGAAUUGACGUCUGUGCCCAGUGGGUUAUCAGUGAUAGUUUAGCCUAAUUACCCUGACACUCACCUGCUAGGAUGUAAACAAGCUUUCAACCAUAUUAAACCACUCCAGGUUAUUAAAGAAUCACUGUUAAAGCUGUUUUAAAUCCAUUACCCACAAUAAAGCUGAAUCUAUAUAAUUUUACACGACUGAUAUCUUUAUAAUUUAGAGGAGGAACUAUUUUAAUUUAAAACAUUUCUGUCUGUGUUCUUCUUUGGUUGUUUCUAUUUGUGAUAGAACAUUUAUGAAUGAGUGCCCCAGUGGACUGAUCACUCUGCAUGAGUUCCGGAGACACUUCUGUAAGGGUACUGUGGGCAAUGAGUCCGCUGAGUAUGCAGAGCAGAUAUUCCGCACCUUGGAUAAUAAUGGGGUAUUUAAGUCUUUAUAUUUACAUUUCUCAUCUUUAAUUUUUUUCUGUCAUAAAUCUGAAAAGCAUUAGCCAUACUUAAAACACAUCAGCACUGUAUACGUGCACUGUUAUUGGCAUACUUCUUUACAAAAUACUGGCAAUAAUUUACAUUGUGUACCUAUGUAGGAUCACACUAACUAUUCUAUAACAAAAUUGUAUUAAUAUGUUGCCAGUAAGUUAGAAAUGUACUGCAGAUCAUUUCUUGGUAAUUGCAUAGUAGUGGAAUUAAACAUGAUUUGGUUAAACACAAGUGGAAUAGGGAACAGGCAUUUCAACACAGGUAUAAGAGCAAUUUAAUGUAAAGUGUUACUGGAAUGCUUAACACUGUGUGUGAGACUGAGGUUCUGUGGUUAUCCACAGGAUGGGGUUGUUGACUUCCGGGAGUAUGUGAAAGCCAUCAGCAUGCUGAUUGAAGGUACCCCAGUGGAGAAACUACGCUGGUCCUUUAAACUCUACGAUAAAGACAAAGAUGGUGCCAUAUCACGCGGGGAGAUGCUGGAGAUCAUGCAGGUAGGUCCUAACCAUAGAUAUACGAUAUAAUACAUUAUAUUUCAUUAUGUGGUUCCAACAGGCAGGUGCAAUGCUAGGACACAGGUGAGAGGAUGCAAAUUGAACAAUGUUACUGUUCUUUGCCUUUCCUCAAAAAUCUUUGCUCAAGAUCAGAUUACCUAUCAGGAUAAUUCAUUAGUGGAAUUUGUGUGGGUGCUGUGGGAGCCUACUGGCACUGCAUUGCACUGGCAGUGGCACUUGCCCUAGCUGCACUCGUAGCAGACAUUACUGUGCUAGAUGUCCAAUUUCACAACAAUGUGUAUGGUCUCUGUUUACAGGCUGUGUACAAGAUGAGCGUGGCAGCCUCACUCACCAAGCCUAACCUGCUUACAGCUGAGGAGUGCACCAACAGGAUAUUUGCAAGAUUGGAUAAAGACAACAAUGGUGAGGACUACACAGAAACAAUUCCAAAACACACAUAAUCCUAAUUGAAGGUUAUAAAACCUACAGCAUCCUCAGCUGGUUACCUAUUGUUGCAGUUAUUCUGCUUCUACUGUAAUCAUCCAGCCCUACCUUGAACUCUAUGUUCUGGGACUUGUGAUUGUAACUUAGUCUUGUGAGUGUACAGCCAAUACAAGGCUGUAAACAUAAUUGUUAUUAUUCUAUUCUAUUCAGCCAUCAUCAGUCUGGAGGAGUUCAUCGAGGGGGCCCUGGAUGAUGAGUGGAUCAGGGAGAUGCUGGAGUGUGACCCCAACACUGUGAAGGUUGAGAGGCUCCCCAAGGGCCACAUCGUGCUUGAGGAAGGACAGACAGAGAGGUGA